GGUUCUUCAGCAUGUUCGCCUACUCUGAAAGCUACUUGAAAUCGACACUACGAAUGGUCAAGUCCCCCAAUUCUGCGGGGAAGAUCUACUGGUCGGAGUGGAUCGAGCCCUUUCUAACGCGCCUGGGGAUUCUGGGCAAAGUGAAGAAUUCUACCCUGCAUUUGUACCGCAACCUGUCGGUGAACGCCGGAGCAAACCUAUCUGCAGGGGAAAGCAUUGCUCAUGACUUCCUGGAAAUCCUGUUCCAGUUGGCCUUUGCCACUGAAGGAGAGGAGAGCAAAACCUGGGAGGACAUCAUCCAAGUGAUGUUGCAUGCUGGGGGUUUGACGGGCCAAGAAACCUUGGGAUCCAACGUGAACCACUGGGCCAAGGGUAAGAUAUGGCUGGCCGGGACCUCAAUCUCCACACCUGGCGGCAAAGGCCCCGGUUCCUGCCACGACCCGGACGCUUCUGGCCUGAUGUGUGCUUCGCCUUGGACGCCCAAGGCUUUGGUCUAUGGCAACACCACGCAAGACACCCUCUCCUACAGUGGUGUGGCUGGAGCUGUGCCCUUGGCAGGAUGGACCCCUGCACGCUUGAGUGUGGUGAUGGGAAGCGGAGCCGACCAAGAAUCGCCCAUGAAGUUCUGCCCAAGCUGCGAUGGGGUGAAGCUGAAGUAUAAUCUCGGGGAGGAGGAACUGGAUUCUGCCCUGGAGUCGUUGGCCUUCAACAGCAAUGUACCCUUGACCUCAGCCGUGACGGCGAACUCGGCAUUCUUGGGGCUCCUGAUCGUGCUGCCCUUCUUCGACGCCAAAUUUCUGAAGACUGCAAGCGAUGCGCUCGCCGGUUUACUGGCAAAGUUGCCCUUUGUGGACACGGACUUCAAGCAAUGGUUUGGAAGCAAGCUGUUCAAGUUGUUGACCUGCGACUGGACCGAGUGGUGCUUCAUGGCAGCGGAGCCUGGCCACGCCUUCCAGAAAGGCAUGCAGGUCGUGCAGAAGAUGAAGGAUGCUAAUGGCAAGCUGAGCCAGCAAACUUUCACAAGCCCCUUGAGCCAGUGUAUCAGUGGUUCAGCGUUUGUUGCUUUUCCACAGCAGCUUCAG